AGAGGUUUGGGGGAAAAAUAGGGGCUUGGGACAAAAAUAGAGGUUUGGGGGAAAACAUAGGGGUUGGGACAAAAAUAGAGGUUUGAGCGGGGAAAGCAGGGUUUAGGGACAUAAACAGGGGACAAAAAAAGGGGUUUGGAAUUUAGCCAGAUGGUGGGGGAAGGAGGUGGCAGUGUGAGGAAGCAGUAUGGAAAUGGGGGUAUGCCCAGUGAUCCAUUGGGUCAUGGCACCCCCCAAAAGCAGAGGUGGAUCCCCUCCAUCCCAGCCCCUGCGCAUGGGGAUGCUGUGUCCCUGCCCGGGGCCAGCCCAGCCUCUGUCUCCGCGGCUUUCUGCCUUCCAAAAUGCAGGAUCUGCCUCUUUUGGUCCCCCCAAAAAUCCCCUCUGGGGCUGCGUGGGCAGGAGGGGACAGCCCGUGUGCCUCCCAAACCCCGGGGCCCUGGCAUCCCGGUUUGUUGGGGUUGCUGUGGCCAGCUCAUCCUCAUCCUCAUGGCAGCACGGAAGCCGAGCACAUGUCCGAGCCCAAAUCUGCCGGAUUUCCCCCCGGUGCGAGCCACGUCCCAGCACCGCGGGCCCGCGUGGCUCCGUGAGCCGCUACAGCGGUGCCGUAUCCAAAAUAAUCCCUGCGCAUCCGCAGGGACAUCCUCCCCCGGGGGCGGCCGGCUCCGGACGCGCCUCUUGGCCGCGCCUGCAGGCAUCGGCCAUCAUCCAGCCCGGCACCGAGCCCUCCCCGCUCCGCUUCCCACCGCCUGCCAAGAGGUCUGUGUGCCGAGCUGCUUUUCCAUCACCCUGGAAAUCCCCUCAUUCCCCUUCCUCCGGGCUGUGCCGUAGCUGGGCUGUUGGGAUAAUGGAGCUCCAGGCUGUGGUGUCCACGCUGGAAAGUGGGGAGCAGGACACGGUUCUCAAGGUGCUCCAGGUCUACAACCAAGAGAAAUCUCAGUGCUUCAUCUUCGAGGAUGAGGAGCGGGAAGAGAGGAAGAAAAUGGCCCAGCUGCUGAUCAAGUUCUUGGAGAGAGAGCUGCAGCCAUCCUGCCAGGUCACCUGCCUGGAGAGCAUCCGCAUCCUGUCCCGGGACAAGCACUGCCUCGACCCUUUCACCACCAAGGAGGGCCUGAAGACCCUCUCCAGGCACGCCGGCAUCGAUUACUCCGAGGAGCUCAUCCGGGAGGUGCCAGACUUGGAUGUAAUCCUGGAAUCCCUGAAAUGCCUGUGCAACAUCGUGUUCAGCAGCGCCAUGGCGCAGGAGCUGACGGCAGAGGGGCGGCUGGUGGUGGGGCUGGCCCGGCGCAUCAAGCUCUACAACGAGCGGAGUCUUCCUCACGACAUCAAGUUCUUCGACCUGCGCCUGCUGUUCCUGCUGACGGCCCUCAGGGUGGACAUCCGGCAGCAGCUCGCCCAGGAGCUCCGGGGAGUCAGCCUCAUGACAGACACCCUGGAGCUGACCCUCGGGGUCAAGUGGUUGGACCCCUACGAAGUGGCCACCGAGGAGGGACUUCUCCCACCUUUGCCUCGGCAGGAGACGGAGCGAGCCAUGGAGAUCCUCAAAGUGCUCUUCAACAUCACCUUUGAUUCCAGCAAGAGGGAGGUGGACGAGGAAGAUGCUGCUUUGUACAGGCACUUGGGUGCCCUCCUGCGCCACUGCCUCAUGAUCUCUGCCGACGGCGAGGACCGCACCGAGGAGUUCCACAGCCACACAGUCAACCUGCUGGGCAACCUGCCCCUGAAGUGUCUGGAUGUGCUCCUGACUCCCAAAGUGCGGCCGGGCUCGCUGGAAUACAUGGGCGUCAACAUGGAUGCGGUCAGCAUCCUCCUGGACUUCCUGGAGCGGCGCCUGGACAGGGGCCACAAGCUGAAGGAGAGCUUGACCCCUGUGCUGAACCUGCUGACAGAGAGUGCCCGAGUCCACCGGCAGACCAGGAAGUUCCUGAAGGCCAGGGUGCUGCCGCCGCUGCGGGACGUGCGGAACCGGCCGGAGGUGGGCAAUUCCCUGCGGAACAAGCUGGUGAGGCUCAUGACGCACAUCGACACCGACGUCAAGCACUGCGCCGCCGAGUUCCUCUUCGUGCUCUGCAAGGAGAGUGUGUCCCGGUUUGUGAAGUACACGGGCUACGGGAACGCCGCGGGGCUGCUGGCGGCGCGGGGCCUCAUGGCCGGCGGCCGGGAAGAGGGCGAGUACUCGGAGGAUGAAGACACGGACACGGAGGAGUACAAAGAGGCAAAGCCCAACAUCAACCCUGUGACGGGACGUGUGGAGGAGAAGCUGCCCAACCCCAUGGAAGGGAUGACAGAGGAGCAGAAGGAGCAUGAAGCCAUGAAAUUGGUCAACAUGUUUGACAAGUUGUCCAGGGAGAAGGUGAUCCAGCCCAUGGGCAUCACUCCGAGCGGCAACCUGGCGCCCAUGGAGAACGCCAUCCGCAGCAUGGCCGACGAGCGCUCGUCCUCCGACUCGGACCUGGGGCUGGACUGAGGCAGCUCCUGCCCCAGCCACGGAGAGCCGGCCUGGAGCCGCCCUCCCUCGGAACUGGUGCUGCACCCAGGGGCUGGCACUGCGCCGGGACUGUCCCUGUGGGAUCCGGAUCCGGCCCGGAGCCCUCACAGCCCACCACAUGGAACACCUGCCU